AUGCCUAUUCUCUCUACCAUCGGUGCCCGUCCGAGCUGGACGUUCUGCAUGCUCUGCCUUGGACAUGCGAUAAACGUUGCUGAACCCCCAGCUACUGUUUUGGAGAGCACUUGUGACUGGACUGCAAGUUCCAAAAAGUGCGAAUAUUGCAUCAGUCAGCAUAAGAUCUGCGAGCCUAUUCUCGCCCUGAUGCUUGGUGAUGCGAUCGCACUAUCGGAACUACAACGUUUCGCUCGUUCCAUCCAGCCAGGGUCUACUCCGCUACCCGUGGCUCAAGCAGGGCACAUGGCGAAUCCGCAACUAUUUUGGCCUAUUUUCGCGUGGGGUCCUACUGCCCAGGCGGUUGCUGCGUCGGGCUCCCUUCAGCUAUGCACUGCUUUCCACUCUGCUCUCAGGGUGCAUCGAGCGGAGUAUGAGAUCGCGGGGCGUAACAAGACCGCAAAAAUGGUAGGGAUCAAGAUGACUCCACCGUCGAGGCUCCAGCUAAUCUUGUUCGUUUCUCAGAAGGAAUUAGCUAGGUAUCGCACUGAUAGUGCACUCAGACUGCAGUUUUCCCGUACAAGCGUAAUUGACGGUCCUGUCCAUGCUUGGUCGAGGCAGUGUCGACUAGAACCAUCGAGUCAGGGUUUCCACACUUGGUAUGCAGCAAUUCAUCUUUACUUCCAUGAAAUCUCUGUGGCCGUGGCGGCCGAUCUGGGUGCAGACUCUCCUGAGGUCACCCGGGUUGCCGAUUUAUGGAAAUAUUAUGGUUGCGAAUACUCCCUGGAAGUAUAG